AUGCUUAAAAGAAUUGUGAAUUGGUUUCCUCGAUUCUCAUAUUAAUUUGGAGGAGUCCAAAAAUUUGUCAUGGAAGCAAAUGAUUUGUAGGAGAUAGAGAAAUUGAGCGAAGAGAGGAUGAUCUUUUUAAAUUGUUAUGCCUCUUGGUCCUCUGAAUGCAAAGAAUUCAAUAAAACAUUAUUGGGACAUCUGAGGCAGUAUGAGAAUUUGGGCACACUUCUUAAUGUCGACAUCGAUAAGAAUGAAGAAAUUAAGUAGUAAUUGCAGAUUCAAUCCAUCCCCUUUGUGGCUUUGGUUUAUAAGAACUCUUUCGUAGAUAUAUAUUAGAAAAAUUAAAAUUUAGAGAAUUUCAUUGCCUCUGUAGAUCGUCUAUCCAAAGAGAUAACUGGAGAGGAUGUACGCGAUAAGAUUAUAAUGGAAUUGAAUCAGCAUUCCUUCAAAGAAAAUGCCCAUGAAUUGAUUAAAUUAAGUGCUUCAAGUCUGGAAAAUGAAAAAUUAAAACAACAUUAUGAUAGAUUUAGACUAUACUAAGUUAAGGGACAUGUGCUAUUAGGGGAAUUCGAUAAGGCGGAGGCCUUGUUCAAAUAGAUUGAAACGAAAUCAGGAGACUAAGAAUUCAAUUAACUAUACUAGGAAAUCAGGGAAUUCUAUAAAAUGAUUAGGGAAUGGCAUGAAUUGCCUCAGACGAUAAAAGAGGAGUUGCAAGAAUUGGACAAGAGACCAGAUGAUUUGAAUUUGAGAUUCCAGAUUAGUGAGAAUGCCAUAAGUAAUAGGAAAUACGAUUUGGCUAUAGAUUUGUUGUUGGAUGUAUGAUUGAUUUCGAAUGUAGUUAGUAAGGAUUGAGAGGAAUUGGGAGGGCAGGAAGGCAUAGAGGAGAUUAUAAUAAAUUUUUAGUGAAUUGGGGUCGCAAAAUGAGAGAGUAAUUAGGGGUCGUCAUGAAUUGGCGUAGUUAUUAUAUUGA